CCCUUCCUUAUAGACGUAUUUACGUCAACAAAACUCUGAUCCUGGCGCUAUUGUUCUUAGUUUCGGAGUUAAAGGAACCGCCCUUGAAGGAAAUCGAACCCAGGACACCUCUCCCAGAGUUCUGACCUUCCUGUGUUCUCUCAUUUUUCUUAAGGAAAAAUUACGCCAUGUUUCUUCUUCACAAGCCGCAAGCGAACGAGUAAAGAAAUGUCAACCCUCAAUUUCGAAUUUACACGUGACCAGCAGACUCUGAGUGGACAUCGUGGUCUCCUACUAUUGAAAGAAGUUUGACAACUUACUGACUUGUGGAAUGGCAAACAACACUGAAUAUGAGAGAGCACGGAAGUGUGUAAAAUACGUAAGGCGGGGUGCCAAAAGCAGAACCCGCAAUGAAAAGAUAAGUGAAGCUCGAGGGACGAAAAAAAGGGCGGUCUUAAGGACAGAAGACAUCAAGCGUUUGAAGACUGGAGAAAGUGAUUCAAUGAAUAAUUACGAAAAGGAGUUACAGACCGAGCUGGAAAAAGCCAUAAUGGUAGAAAAGCCUUGUGUGAAGUGGUCAGAUGUGGUUGGCCUGGAAGAAGCUAAGAAUGAUUUGAUAGAUUGUGUCAUUUUCCCAAUAAAGUGUCCAUACUUGUUUAUUAAAGCACGAAAACCUAUCAAAGGAGUAUUACUUUUUGGGCCCCCAGGAACAGGAAAGACACACUUAGCAAAGGCAGUUGCAACAGAGGCAAACAAUUCCACAUUUUUCUCAGUCUCAGCCUCAGACCUGGUAACCAAGUCGGUUGGAGAAUCUGAGAAACUUAUAAGAAAUCUGUUUGAACUGGCAAGAGAGCAUAAACCAAGUAUAAUUUUCAUUGAUGAAGUUGAUUCACUUUGUUCUUCACGCUCUGACAAUGAAUCUGCUAGAAGAAUCAAAACUGAGUUUCUGGUUCAGAUGAACGGUGUUGACAAAAAUAAUGAUGGAAUACUAGUAUUAGGGGCAACUAAUAUCCCUUGGGUAUUAGACGCUAAUAUUCGAAGAAUCUUUGAGAAGAGAAUUUAUAUUCGUCUUCAUGGAAAGAAUGCCAGAAUCGAGAUGUUCAAGUUGCAUUUGAGAGAUACACCACACACUCUCACAAAUACGGAUCUCGAAUGGGCGGCCGGGAGCGCAGAAUUGUUUUCUGGUGCUGACAUUAGGAAUGCAGUAAAAGAUGCAUUGAUGCUGACUAUAAGAGAAAUUACAACUGCUACUCACUUUCGGCAUGUCAGUGGGCCAUCCUGUACAGAUCCUAGUGUCACUGUGAAGGACCUCUUUACACCUUGUUCAUCAAAUGACAGUGGGGCUAUUGAAAUGACUUGGAAAGAUGUGGAAUAUGGAAAGCUGUUUGACCCACCAGUCACAAUGGUGAGAGUAUCUGGUGUUGACAGCUUCAGUGUUGGAGUACUGGAUCACAUACUGCAGGCGAUUCGCAAUUCAAAACCCAGAGGGAAUUCUGAUUACAUUACAAAACUAAGAAAAUUUGCAGAAUAUUUUGGUCAGCGGGGAUAACUUCGAUACAACUACUAUUUUCUCUUAGUACCUGAAAUCAGUUUCAGGCAGCGGAAGAAAAUAAUUUGCUGCAGAAAGUUGUUUUCUGUAAAGCAGAUUAUGAAAGCAGUUAUAAAACAUGUAUUAAAAACCA